AACAAAUGACAAGGGUCGACAUCAACUUUCUUGGAUCAGUGGCGCUUUGGGGAUCUCCUUCCUGAUUUGGAGCAGGCGCUUGUGGGCGCUUUUCUGCAGCCUGAAUACUAGCAGCAGACCGUACGCAGCUUGAGAUCUGCUCUAGGUCUGGUGGAAACACUCAGGAACUGAAAAAAGACACAACAUCGCUCUGAAGUAAUUGUGCAACGUCGACUGCGCAGUGGGCCACUGAAUUUUCAUUGUUUAUCUCUUUUAUCUCAGUAACAAUUCAUUCGUCAUCGCAUCCUUUUCAACUAGCAUCCUGAUCCAACGUAUAAAACGAGUUUCUGACGGUCUUUUCUCUCACCACAUUCGUUUACACCAAACUAACACUCUGCAAUGGACUGGGACUUAGGGCCAUCCCCUUCCCAAUUCUCUUCUUCAUCCCAAUGGGCGCGCGCCAUUACUCGGCCUGUAUCCGCUGACAUGAGCAUCGACGAGGAUGUCGGCUACGUUACAUGGAAGCAAUCCCAACCCGACCCUGUCAUCCGGGAGCUCAUGCACAAUGCAGAGAGCAAAAAGGAGGGAAAGCGGGAACCGAAACCCCGUUUGGAUGCGUCUGCACACACGUCCACAUGGGCAUCAAGCACCAGCACGUCUGUCCCUCAACGCACGGCAUCCUUCCCCGGUUUUACCGCACCGUCUACAAGCACACUCCCACCUACAUUUGCGUCUAAUUCAUCGAGAAAACUACAUCCAAUGAAACUCAUCUCAAAGAAAGUACCCCCGUCGCGUGCGUAUUCAGCGACCCCACCUGUGAAGGAUGAUGUCCCUCCCGAUCCAGAGUUGGCCGCGGGGUACCUGCAUAUAAUACGUAAUGGCACUGCAGAGAUAGACAAGAAUUCCAGGCGAAAGCAAGCUGCGAGGGCGAAGGCAAAAAAAGAGGCGGCGAGUGGCACGCCGGGGGAUAUCGCGACCCGGAGGAAUACCCAUACGUCUUCGUCUGGGUCGAGAUCCACAUCUACCGCGUUGACUGCGAGGCCUUUAAAGAAGACGGCUAGUAUUUCGUCUGCUUCUUCAUCUGCACCUCCGCGAGGAAGUACAAUCAGUAGAUCAUCGAGUUCUGCGACUAUCAAGCCUACAGUUAAACUUUCUAGAGACAGUGUCACCUACGGGGACAUCCAGAUGACGUUGGACUCAGACCGAGAUACGGAUCGCGAGGGAACUUUCACCGAUUCCGCAGAUGACUUGGCUCCAGACAAGUCUUUUUCGAUGCAUAUGGAUGACAUCCUACUACCCCCCAAGCGCGCGGUGGGAAGGACCCCCAGUAUCGUUAUGGUCCCCUCUACUAGUCCUCUCACAACUGCAUCCACCUCCACAUCUACAGCAGCUCCAGAGAAGAUACCCCAGUCGAGACAUAUGCACCCUGUUAUAGCACCCUCGACAACUCAACGAGGUCCCCCACCACUGGGGAUGCGCCGGCAACACAACCUCCCAAAUUCGGGGUUCCCUUCGUCACAAACACGUUAUGCCACCACACAAUCGCCCUAUGCGGCUUCACAAGUGACGCUUCCGCCCUUCAAGCCCCCGCUGCUCAAGAAACCCAACCCAAAAACAGUUCCCACACCAAAGCAGGUCAUCCAGACUCCUGAAAGCCCGCCGACUUCAACGCCCGAGCUGGACAAGGACGAUAGCAAUGAUGAUGGUGGUGAGGAAGAUACACUCGGUGCGGCGGGUGCGGAUUCGUCGUUUGAUGUAUCUUUUGAUGUGGAUGUGGAUGCCCUGGAGGCGACCAUGCGGCAGUAUGAUUAAUGUGGUAGACAUGUGCGUUUUUUUACGCCGGAGAAGAUACGAGGUGGGUGUAUGCUAUGCUAGGUGAAUACUAUGCUUCCGAUCCGUCUUUGAUAAUCCAUCUACUUAGUUGCAUGUACACACGUUCACAUAUAAUACUCACUUUAUGACUUUGAA